CUUUUUUUUUUUUUUUCAGUUUAUAUCAUUAAAACAUUCUACUAAAGCAGCAGCCACGACAUACAAAUAUUUAUCUAACAGCAAUGUUUUGAAACGGUCCUAAGCUUCAUUGUUAAUCAGGAUAAUAUUGCUCUAUUCUUAAAUGCACGUCUGGUGUGGUAAAGUAUGCAAAAGUGGACAGCUGUUCUUGUGCCAACUUUAGCAUGUGACCACACUAUUCAGUGUUGUCUCGGGUUAAAUAUAGACAUUGGCCGGAGUUACGCUUCAAGAGGGAAAACCUGUGACAAACACGGAGCGGAUAAUUACUUCAAAGCCGAUUCUUUCAACACGGAUCACACUUACUAGAAUUGUCAGAGGAAUUGUACCAUUGGUGACUAUCUUCUCCAUAUCAAAUGGGAGCUAACCUGGUAAAAACAUGGUACAAGCGCUGGAAGGACAAUAUGACCCAAUGAGAGUGCGCAUACAUUUUCCUGGCCGGUAAAAUGGCUUAUCUGCUGCCCUAGCAUACUGUGUGUGAGGUGAUAUUUGGGGCUCUGUAUCAUCAUGACGGGGGUCACGGUGUGCUGUGGGACAGUGAACUCUAUCAAGACUCUGUGGGAAACCAGGAUAAAGAAAAGCACAGAUGAACUGAAGAAGGAGAGAGAGCAGAGAGACAGGAGAGCAGUGGGUAGGUUGACCGGUGCCUGGGAGGAUCGCAUCACUUUGGCCAAUCUAAAGGGAAAAGUUGUGACAGAGGAAGGACGUGUCAUCCUGCGUAUUGAAAAGGAGGAGUGGAAGACUCUUCCUCCAGCUCUGGUUCAACUCUCCCAGAUCCAAGAAUGGCAGUUACACCGAAUAGGACUUCAAAAAAUCCCACGGUUCAUCUCAAGCUUUGAGAGUCUUCUAGUCUUGGACUUGUCUCGCAAUUCAGUCACAGAAAUUCCCAAAGAAAUCGGCAAAUUAUCUCGGUUACGAGAGCUGUUGUUGAGCUAUAACAGAGUAAGCUAUGUACCAGAAGAACUUGGUUGUUGUGAAAAUCUGGAGAAACUGGAACUUGCAAUGAACGAAGAUCUGGAUGAGUUGCCUACUCAGCUUAGCAAUCUAAAGAAGCUAUAUCACUUGGACCUCUCCAUGAACCAUUUCACCACCAUUCCAGAUUGUGUGGUCAACCUUCCUUCUCUAGAGUGGCUAGACAUGGGCAGCAACAGGUUGGAAAGUUUGCCAGAAGAUAUUCACAGAAUGGAGAAACUUCACACCUUGUGGCUCCCAAGAAAUGAACUAGAGUACCUGCCAGACAAUAUCAGUCACAUGCAAAGUCUGGACACACUAGUUCUGAGCAAAAAUAAACUACGAGACAUUCCUCCACUUAUGGAGGGCAUGAGUAACCUCAGGUUUGUGAAUUUCCGAGACAAUCCUUUGACAUAUGAUGUGACGCUUCCUAACUUAAAAGAGGAUGUAGAUGAAGAAGAGAACGACAGGGAGAUGUUUGGUCGCGAGUUCAUGCACUUCUACAUCCAAGAGGCCCGGAAAAGAGGAUCCCAAACUUUCACAUCAGUGCAAAAUGUGAUGUUGGAAGGCGUGUCAGAGACCGCAUCUUCUUUGUGACUUGCAUGCUGGCUUCUGUCUGCCUUCAGGCUUGAUCUUCCGGUCCAUCAUGUCAAGUUUUGUUCUGUGAAGAGCACUUCACGUCUAUUAAAUGUCUCGUCUAUGCUGUUUGUUGGAGUUGCUGCUUUCUGCUAGUAUGUCAUAACUAAUGUUUGUGGAUGAGCUAAAAUAAAAUCCAUAAACAUUGAUCAAAUAAAAUGAAGCAUACGUGUCCUGCACUUGAGCUUGUUUGUCUUGUUUAAGAAGGCUGUUGAGACUCAUCUCUAUUCUGAUUGGCUGCUGGAACGGCAGUUAGUAUCACAUUCUCCAAUGAAAUGUCUCUGCUUGUGUAGUAUUUCAGGCUAGUUUCAAAGCCUUUUUGCUGAAGGUAAUACACUCUGCCAUGGUCAAUCAGACGUUUACAAAGCUGUCCGAUCUGUUCCCGAUCUUCAACUGACAUC